UGCUUGUACGAAUUUCACCACGAAUACAUGUCACCGCUGUAUCGCGAGAAAUAUAAGAUCAUGUACACCGACACGGACAGUCUCGUAUACCACAUCGAGUGCGAUGAUGUGUACGAGACGAUGAAACAUGAUAUCGCUAGAUUUGAUACGAGCGAUUAUCCAUCGGACAACGCGUACGGGAUGCCUCUCGCGAAUAAAAAAGUAUCCGAUCUAAUGAAGGAUGAGAAUAACGGUGCGAUAAUGACGGAAUUCAUCGGACUCAGAGCGAAGAUGUACGCAGUGAGGGUGGACGGCAGAAAAGAUAUUAAAAAGGCGAAAGGUGUAAAAACUAACGUCGUAACGCGAACAAUAACGUUCGACGAUUAUACGCGGUGUUUGAAUGAAGAGAUCGAAAUGACUCCCACUUGA